GUUCAGGUGUACGUCGCAGCUCGCUGCGCUGAAACGCGGGGUUGGAUGCGAGGGUUAGACUACUAUGCGAGACGCAAAUCUCAGGUGAUAUCCCGCCAUCUACAUAAUACAAAAGGAAGCAACCCGUGAGCCCAGUCUGAAGCCCGAGAGGAUAUGUCGUUUAAAGAGAAUAAACGAGCCACAUUUAAAGUGCCACAAGAUCCGCGUGAGGAGAACAAAUGAAUUUGUCAAGAUAUCGAUAAAGAAGGCCAGUUAGAUUUCAAAGCUACCGUUCCAGUCAGACACCUGGCUGUAGAGCAUUUAAAACCAACACAGCAUAAGUCUUCUCUGUCCUGCUGGGGAAAUCGAUUCAGCUAUUUAUUGAUAGAAUAAUUGUUGUGUUGUGCCGUCGGAGCUGCCUGGGAGCGCACCUGAUGUCCCUUCAGCGGAAUUUUCGGGGCACAUAUGUCGCUUGAGAAGUGUGUGUAACUUUCUUUAAGAAUUUCGUCUAAAUCCGCGACUUGCUAUAAGAACUUUACCGUUAUAAGGGGUCUUUGGAUAACCAACGGGCUCUUAUCGUGGAUUUUACACAUUUUUUGUGACACGGAUGUUUGAAGAUCUGGAAUUUUGCAUUCGGUUUGGUCGAUGACCAGAGAGCAAGAUCCUUGAUCAUGGAUGGAAUCAAGUGCAACGUUCGUUUGAGAACAAAGACCCUUGGGAUCCAGGAGUUCCCGGGCAAUAUUUUAUCGAAUGAUUCAUGAAUUGUAUAUCCAGCCUUUGUGUCAUUGUGUUAAACUUGCCAAAGAUCUAGGAUGCCAAAAUCAAACAACAGGAAACUGACUCUGUGCCAAGCCCUCACCCUCAUUACCCUGUUGGCAUCCCCGGUUUCGUCCCAGCACUUUGCUGGGUGGGUAGAAGGGAACAGAGCCAGUCGUUCAUCCCGGGUACGCCGUCAGCUGCAUUUUAAGAACGAGUGGGCCUCAUGGAGCGGCUGGUCAGAGUGCUCACGCUCCUGUGGGGGAGGGGCCUCCAUCCGCAGACGUACCUGCAUUGUCAGGAAUCCAGUAGGAGGACCAUGUUUAGGUGAUCCCAGACAGUAUAAGAUCUGCAAUACCAAGGAGUGUCCUGCUGGAUCGGUAGACUUCAGAGAGCUCCAGUGCAAAGCCUUCGACGACAGGCCAGUAGUAGCUGGCAUCAUGUACCGGUGGACUACAUUUCACAGAGGCUCCGACCCCUGUGAGCUCAGCUGCCUCGCCCUGGGGCACAACUUCUACUACAACUUUGGGCGAGUCCUGGAUGGCACACCCUGCGUUGCUGACCCCGGGGCCGUCUGUGUGAACGGAAAAUGCCUGAAACCAGGCUGUGACUUGAUCUUUGGAUCACAGCAGCAGGAGGAUGCCUGCAUGGUGUGUGGAGGGCAGAACACCACGUGUCUCCAUCACCGGAGCAUCUACCAGAGUGAGAGCCAGGAGAUUGGGCCGUUUGGAUACAAUGAGGUCACCAUGAUCCCAGCCGGGGCCACUCACAUCAGAGUGACUGAUAACAGCAAGAACUAUUUAGCCCUUCAAAACGGCCGCUCCCAGUAUGUGAUCAAUGGGCACUGGAGGAUCAGCGUUCCGGGCGUGUAUGAUGUAGCUGGAACCAAACUGCUGUACCGCCGCUCUGCUGAUACAUGGGAGAGCUUUGAUCUACCUGGGCCCACGCAAGAGGACCUGCAUGUUAUGGUGCUGUCCACUGAUAGGAAUUCUGGAAUAGAGUACGAGUAUUGGUUGCCACCUGACCGCUAUGCCCUCUAUCAUGGGAAGAAGAGUCCUCUUUGGCAGCCUUACCACACCAACUUCCUGCCCACUGCACCACCAACCACCACCACCAGCACCACCCCCAAGCCCCCUGUCACCAAACAGCCUGCCUGGGGUCCUGUAGGCGGCUGGCAUACGAGGCCUCCCUCUCGGCGGUGGCAGAAAGUGCCUCCUCGUCUGGAACGAGACGAGAAGCACAGUGGCUACACACCCCAGACGCGCGGCGCAGGUUACUGUGGUAAAUGUAGAAGGGUCAAGGGUCGCCGUGAGCGGCAGAGACAGUAUUGCCAGAGGGAUUUUGUCUUCAGAGCAAAGAUCUUGCAGAAGGUGUAUGUUGGGGAGGAGACUCGGUAUGAUGUACAGAUCAUCCACACCUACCGCAACCGCUUCCGUCUAGAGCACCGGGAAUACCUAUGGGCACCCAACAGGUGUGACUGCCCCCUGCUGGAAGAGGGUCAUCAGUACAUUCUCAUGGUAAGGCGACACAUCAACUAUGAACACACACUCAACCGCAUUCUGCUGGAGGAGGACACCUAUGCACAGUCCUACCGGCCACGUGAAGAUGACCUGCUGCGGCCCUUGGAGGAACUUUGCAGUAACAGAGGACCUAGAACUCAGCCGAGAGGGUAAAGAUUGGACAAGCACUGUGUUCAGCUCCCAUCACUGUGCACUUACCCAUUCCCAGAGUGACAACUUUCUAAAAAUUCCAGGUGAUGUAUUAACAUUACAAGAAUAGACUGCGGACAUUACUUGGAACUUUGGAAUAAAAAUGGACUGAAGCCUGCCAAAGUUACUCUACUCACUCAAUGAAGCACUUUAGGUGGAUGUGAUCACCUUCCUUCAAAAGUCCACACCAAAGAGAAAAACAAUAUUAUUUUUAAUACUAUUAGAAUUAUCAUUCUUUCUGCUAUCAGAAUAUAAUGGCAUAAAAUAUUUUUAAAUGUGCCUCCGUCAAGUGUUUUCCCCAAGUAGGUUAUUUGCCAUAGUCAAUUAUUGUUUUUUAUUGUAUUUAUGAUAGCAUUAGUACAAGUAGAAAUCAAACCUGCAAUUAUAUAUGUAUUUUGAUAUUGAUAUAUAUAUUUUCACUAUUAAUGUAUUUGUUGCCAGUAAUGGAAAUUUGACUAUUUUUAAUUUUUCAAGCAAAGCAUGUUUAAUGUUUUUUGUUAAGCUUACUCACCUUACUAAUACAGUGCCUCACUGAAAUGAUCAGUUGAAGAGAUCCCAGUGUCUUAAAGGGAUAUAUGUCUUCUAUGUUCCGAGUUCAAUGAUCAGUAGCCAUGAUGUCCUACGGGGGCAUCAUCUGACGUCUCAUUAUUUAUUUUCACUGUUUAAUCAUACUCACAUGCAUUCGCCCCUCCAAAAGCUAAGGGUGUUGCUUUGAUCUAAACCACCAUAGUUUUUAAUACAGAAUAAAUAUGUAAUUUGGUGUUCAAAAAAUGUAUUACAUUAUUGAGCAUGGCAAGCAGAUUUAGAAAUUAUUAGGGUGUUUUAUGCUAGUAAAGUACAGUGUCUGUUUCAGCAUGUAAUACAUUCCUCCUCAGAAUUAGAGACCCCUGGUCUUUUUCUCCACACAAAACAGUUUGAAAUCUUAACAGGGCUGUUUUUCCCCCUCUAAAGUCCACUCCUGUUUCCUCUCUCUUCAAUAAUUGCACACAAAACAGCUUAUUUACAAGAUAUUUACAAAAAUAGCUUGAUCUUUUAUGUCCAUGACAUAAAAUGUGCUAACUUAAACCCAUAAUUAGGCUUAAGUGGGUUAGGCUGCUCAGUUCUGGUCUAGUAAAAUUAUUACAGUUUCUCUCUCUCUCGUUAGACGGGUGGUGUAACGGGAAGCACCUUCCCCUGGAACAUAUGGCUUCUUUAUAUAAUAACCACUGUUUCUUGAAUGAUAAAAUGUACUGCAGCAGAAUAUGAUUCACCUAAAUAACAUUUUAAAUAAAACUAUAUAUCAAGUAUUCUUUAAAAAAAAAUGUAAUCCAGUUGUAGUUUCAUUGUAACGUUUGUAAAUGGUAUUCCACUGGAGGAAAUGUGUUUCUAAAGCUGAUGUUAGACGUGCAGGCAAGGGAGUAUUAUUUUGUUCACCCAAGGACAGUCCCUCAUAGUGGUAAACAUAGCAUGCAUUGUUCUAAUGUCCUUUUUCUGUUGUUUUUAUUUUCCACUCUGCUGCUGGUAUCAGUCUAGCUGUUGUAACGAUAGAAGGAUGUCCAAGUGCUUGUAGUAAAGUCUCUCACACUGUG